GGUAUUUUGUGAGUCGUCUCUUUUCUUUAAACCCUAAAACCCAGACUAACAAAACUCGCGUCGAAGUCAUCUUCUUCGCUUUUAAACCCUAAUUUUGGGAUUCCUCUGCAGUCGUAAAGUCUGCAUACCAUGGUUGAAGGAAAGGGCUUCCUCGUGAGCUCAGUGACUGAGCUUCACCGUAAAGAGAAACAGAAGAAGAAAGGCAAAUCUGGAGGAUUCGAGUCACUAAAUCUCGGACCUAAUGUCUUCAAUGCAAUCAAGAAAAAGGGUUACAAAGUUCCUACACCAAUUCAGAGGAAGACGAUGCCGCUUAUUCUCUCUGGCGUCGAUGUUGUCGCUAUGGCUCGAACCGGUUCUGGAAAAACCGCAGCUUUUCUCAUCCCUAUGCUUGAGAAGCUCAAACAACACGUUCCUCAAGGAGGUGUUAGAGCACUCAUCUUGUCUCCUACUCGUGACUUAGCUGAGCAGACUCUGAAGUUCACCAAGGAACUUGGCAAAUUUACAGAUCUUCGUGUAUCCUUACUGGUUGGUGGAGAUAGUAUGGAAGACCAGUUUGAAGAGUUAACAAAGGGACCUGAUGUGAUUAUUGCUACUCCUGGGAGACUUAUGCAUCUUUUAUCUGAGGUUGAUGAUAUGACGCUAAGGACGGUUGAGUAUGUAGUUUUUGAUGAGGCAGAUAGUCUGUUUGGUAUGGGGUUUGCUGAACAGUUACAUCAGAUUCUAACUCAGUUAAGUGAGAAUAGGCAGACUUUGCUAUUUAGUGCCACUUUACCAAGUGCCCUUGCUGAAUUUGCAAAGGCUGGUUUGCGUGAGCCUCAGCUUGUUCGUUUAGAUGUUGAGAAUAAGAUAAGUCCCGAUUUGAAGCUUUCGUUUUUGACUGUACGACCGGAAGAGAAGUAUUCUGCAUUGCUGUACUUGGUUAGGGAGCAUAUAAGUUCAGAUCAACAGACCUUGAUAUUUGUUUCGACAAAGCAUCAUGUGGAAUUUGUCAACUCAUUGUUUAAGUUGGAGAAUAUUGAGCCAUCUGUAUGUUAUGGUGAUAUGGAUCAAGAUGCACGUAAGAUUCAUGUAUCAAGGUUCAGAGCGAGGAAGACUAUGUUGUUGAUUGUGACAGAUAUUGCUGCUAGGGGUAUUGACAUACCAUUGCUUGAUAAUGUUAUAAACUGGGAUUUCCCUCCGAGACCGAAGAUUUUUGUUCAUCGUGUGGGAAGAGCUGCCAGGGCUGGUCGUACAGGCUGUGCAUAUUCCUUUGUUACACCUGAGGAUAUGCCAUAUAUGUUGGAUCUUCAUCUGUUCCUCUCAAAACCGGUCAGGCCAGCGCCCACUGAGGAUGAGGUCUUGAAGAACAUGGAAGAAGUAAUGACCAAAACUAGUCAAGCAAUUGAUAGUGGAGUCACCGUCUAUGGUCGUUUCCCACAGAAAACCAUUGAUCUUAUCUUUAAUAGAACCAGAGAAAUGAUUGAUUCAUCUGCAGAAUUAGAUUCCCUUGAACGAACAUCCACCAAAGCUUUUCGCUUGUAUUCAAAAACAAAACCCUCACCGUCAAAAGAAUCCAUUAGGAGAGCAAAGGAUUUACCACGAGAAGGCUUGCAUCCCAUCUUCAGAAGCAUUAUUGAAACUGGGGAAUUAGAGGCAAUGUCGUUUUUCCAGAAAAUUAAAAAUUUCAGACCCAAGCAAACGAUACUUGAAGCAGAAGGUGAAGUUGCCAAAUCCAAACAUGUGAAGGGUCCCGCUGGCCAAUGGGUUGAUGUGAUGAAGAAGAAAAGAGCUAUUCAUGAGGAGAUCAUCAAUACAAGACAUCAGCAGAAUCAAAAGACUUCCAAUAAUCAUUUGGAGAUGGAAGCUGAACCUACAACUUCUUUUGUUGAUGGCACAGUAGAGGGAAGCAAAGUAAGCGGUAAGAAAAGAAAGGCACAAGAAACCUUCAAGGACGAUGAAUUCUUUAUCAGCUCCAUACCAGUAAAUCAUCAUUCAGAGGCAGGGCUAUCUCUGAGGGGUAACGAAGGAUUUGGAUCGAAUAGGUUGGACGCUGCUGUUCUAGAUCUAGUUGCAGAUGAUGGGCAAGGGAUAAAGCAGCAACAAUCAAAUUAUCACUGGGACAAGAAAGGUAAGAAGUACAUCAAGUUGAACAAUGGAGAUCGAGUAACAGCCAGUGGAAAGAUAAAGACAGAGAGUGGAGCUAAAGCGACUGCAAAGAAGACAGGGAUAUACAAGAGAUGGCAAGAGAGGUCUCACAAGAAAGUAUCCCGAGACAGCGGUGAUGCAGACGAAACCACACGAAUGUCAGGUAGAGGAGGCCGAGAUGGGAAGAGACGGCAAGGAUCAGUGCCUAACGCACAUGUUCGUUCAGAGAUCAAAGAUCUGGACCAGGUGCGUAAGGAGAGACAGCAAAAGGCAAACAAAGUUUCUUAUCUGCAGAGCAAGAGAGGCGGAAGAGGUGGAAGAGGUGGGGCCAGGGGAGGCCGUGGUGGUGGGGCCAGGGGAGGCCGUGGUGGCAGCAGGGAUUUUGGUGGUGGAGGAAGGGAUUUUGGCAGUAGCAGCGAUAGAGGUGGAAGAAGUGGCGGUAGGGAUUUUGGUGGUCGUCGUGGUGGUGCUAGCACUAGUAGCAGAGGUGGUAAGAGAGGAGGAGGAAGAGGAGGUGGAGGUAAACGUGGGAGAGGAAGAUAGUCAUGAAGAAGAAGACUGUCUUCAAAACUUUGAGCUUAGGCAAACUAUUACUUGCCAAAUUGUUAUAUCACUCACCGAACCUUCUCUACUCAAAUUUUGUGCAACACUUUAUAAUCUUGUUUUUUUCUGCAAUUUUGGUUUUCA